GCGAUGGGAUGCAAUGCAAUGCGAUAUGAUGCCAUGGGAUGGGAUGGAUGGGAUGGUAAGAGGGGAACUGUGAUCAGCAUGGCAAGAGGACCGUCCCUGGGAUCUCUGGAGCCUCGCUGCGCCCACUGCCCAGCACCCAGCUGCUUGUGCCUGGGCUCUCAUUGCAGACAUUUCCAGGGCCCAGGUGGAGCAGAUUCCUCAGGUGGGAUUUCCUGUUCCCACCCUGAGACCCUGCAAUGGAGCCAGGGGAGGACCCCCAGGAUGGGAGGCACAGGGGAGUCCCCGGCCCCCAUGGCACAGUGGCUUUCUCUUCCCCAGAAAAAGACUGGGCUGGUGUUAAGCGUGAGAUUGUGGUGAAAAUGGAGUCGGAGGAUGAGUCCUACAUUGGGUACCUGCAGGGCCUGGGGGCAAGGGCCAGCGUCCCCAGUAUCCCUGGUGUCCCCGGUACCAGAGUCAAAAUGGAGGUGGUGGUGAAAGCGGAGCCUGAGGACGGCUCGUACAGCAACUGCUGCUACCGGGAGGAGGAGGACCCCCCUGACCCCGCUGCUGGUGAUGCCAAACCCGAGGUCAUUGUGAAGGUGGAGCCGGAGGAGGCGGCGUGCAUCGCGCGUCCCCAGGGCCUGGGUGACAAAGGAGCUCGGGACGACGAGAAGCAUCCCAAGGAGGAGCCGGCGGAUGUGGAACCGGAGAGCGUCCCGCAGGCUGCGCCCGGGCACCGCAUCAGCCACGCGGGCACGGGCACGGUGCCUGUCCCACCGGCGGGCACCGCUGGGCACCAACUCGCCACGUCCCCUGGCACCGAGCCGGCCCGGCGGCCCCGCGGCACCGAGCGUCCCUUCGGCUGCGGCGAGUGCGGGAAGAGCUUCCAGCACCGCGGGAACCUCGUCACCCACCUGCGCGUGCACACCGGGGAGAGGCCGUUCGCCUGCGGCGUCUGCGGGAAGAGCUUCAGCCAGAAGGGCGACCUGAUGCGGCACCAGCGCACCCACACGGGCGAGAAGCCCUUCGAGUGCACGGUCUGCGGGAAGAGCUUCUGCUCCAAGCAGACCUUCGUGCUGCACCAGCGCAUCCACACGGGGGAGAAGCCCUUCUCCUGCGGCGACUGCGGGAAGAGCUUCAACCGCAAGGCCAACUUCGUCACGCACCAGAAGAUCCACCGCGGCGAGCGGCCCUUCGUCUGCGCCGAGUGCGGGAAGGGCUUCUGCGCCAAGAAGACCUUCAUCCUGCACCAGAAGAUCCACGUGGGCGAGCGGCCCUUCGGCUGCUCCCAGUGCGGGAAGAGCUUCAGCCGCAACGGCGACCUGACGCGGCACCAGCGCAUCCACACCGGCGAGCGGCCCUUCGCCUGCGCCGACUGCGGGAAGAGCUUCAGCCACAACGGGGAGCUCAUCAAGCACCGGCGCAUCCACACCGGCGAGAAGCCCUUCGCCUGCGCCGACUGCGGGAAGAGCUUCAACCGCAAGGGCACGCUCAUCACCCACCGGCGCAUCCACACCGGCGAGCGGCCCUUCGUCUGCGCCGAGUGCGGCAAGACCUUCAACCUGAAGACGACGCUGAUGAAGCACACGCGCAUCCACACGGGCGAGCGGCCCUUCGCCUGCGCCGACUGCGGGAAGAGCUUCAAGUACAAGGGCAACCUGCGGACCCACCGCCUGACGCACACGGUGCAGCGCGUCUACCCCUGCACCGAGUGCGGCCAGGUCUUCGGGCACAGGAAGGAGCUGAGCGGGCACCAGGGCGCGCACGCCGGGGAGCGGGUCCCGUCGCGCUGCCGGGACGGCGGCUCCUUCCGCCCCUUCCUCCCCGCACACUCGCUGCUCGUGUCCCGCACCCAGACGCAGCUGCCGCCCUCCGAGUGCGAGUAGGGGAAGCCGGCGGGCGGAGCGGGAGGAGCGGGGCCGGUGCCGCGGAGCUGUUGUGCGCUCAGGGCGCGCGGAGCGCAGCAGGGGGACGGUGCCCUCCGGCGGGCACGGUGGAGCGGUGCGCGGUGCGGGGCCACCGAGCGGUGGGCACGGGGUCCUCCGAGCGCGCAUCGCCCCCCCGCGCCGCAACGCCGCGUCCAACCCGACCUUCACCAGCUGCGGGGAUGGGGCGCGUCCCACCUCCCCAGCGCGAGGGACCCCUCCCCACCCCCGAGCUGCCCCGAUGUCGCCCCGCGCCGCGGGGACGGGCCGCGCUCCGGGGGCUGCGGUGCCUGGGAGCCCCCCCGGAGCCUCGGGGUGGGGAAGAAGCCUCGGGGACCGCGCGCCCUUCCUGCUCCGCUCGCGGUUUUUCUGAGCUGAAAACGAAUAAAAAGCGAAACCGAGCGCGGGGA